GAGUAUUAGUCUAAACUUAAAAAACUUUUGAAAUAAAAAUUGUAUAAUCAUUAUUCUAACAACUUCCUAACCAUUGUACUUAAUUCAUUUAGCUUUCAUUUUUAGUUUUUUAGACUGUAACGAACCCAAGAAGCACUUUAGGUUAACCAUAACAAUAAGUACCUAAUAUAAGUAAUUGGCUUGAACCAUGGGUGGAUUGGUGGAGAAUCUUGAAAGGAUUACCCUCGAGCUUGUGGCGAGCUUGGUCCACGGCAAUGCCACCUUGAUGGUACCAAGAAACUCAUCCUCGAACAGGAUCACGGAGCAUCGACGAGUCAGCUACAAUAACCAAAGAAGCCGUCAUAGUUUCUGCCUGCUGACCUACAUGCUUUCCCGGGUUCACCGCUUGCAAGUGCGCGGCGGAAGCUUCACUGUGCGUGGACUUUACUACAGCGAUCCGCAGCUGAUCCGCUCGCAGUCCAGGAUUGCCGAGGCCAGGCUGGAUGUCUGUCGUAUGCUGAACACAUCCCCCUUGUCAUUGGGAGUACUGGCCGCCUCGAAGGGCCUCAUGGCAGGCGAUAUACGGCUGCUGAUGACCAACGGUGAUAUUCUGGACAGCAGCUCAUAUGGUGGCGCCUUGACGUUGCCCACGGAUCCCGAGAAGAUAGAACGUAUCGAAACGGAGGCGGAUUUCGUGCUGAUCGUUGAAAAGGAGUCGGUGUUCGAGGGUCUUUUGUCCAAAAAUGUAUUUUGCACGAUGGGACAGCGCUUUAUCCUGAUAACCGGCAAAGGGUACCCGGAUUGCUGCACCAGGAGGAUUGUCCAUCGACUCCGCGAGGAGAACCAACUGGCGGCCUACAUUCUCGUGGACGCCGAUCCCUUUGGCAUCGAGAUAAUGCUCGUCUAUCGCCACGGCUCGCAGGCGAUGAGUUUUUCCAGCCAAGGACUUACCACACCUUCGCUGCGUUGGAUUGGACUACACCCCUCGGAGAUUCCCGCCCUCGGCACUGGUGCGGUUGCCCUGGUUGCCGGCGACAACAAGAAAAUCAAUGACCUCCUCGCCCGCAGCGACUUGGAGCCGGGAGUGCGACAGGAACUGCGCAUGCUGCAGGACGUUCAGCUAAAGGCCGAAAUCGAGAGUGUCAUCGACUUCCUGACCGACGACUAUAUACCGAACAAAAUCAAUCGGAAUUUGUUUUUGUAGAGGUCGCUGGUAAACCCCAUGGACCUAGCGAUAAAUGAAUACGUUCGCUGUUAAGUUUAAAUUAUACUAUGCGUAUAGUACUAUGAUAAGACUUUAGAAUAUGUUAAUGUACGGAAGAGUAAAUGACUUAGUCCCUCUAAUCGGUUUUCCAAUAUUUGAGUUGAUAAAAAUAUACCACUGCUUACGCAAAGCAACUAAAUAAUUCAUCGAGGCUAAUUCAACCUUCCAUUGUUGAUGUGCAGACAAUGUUGUUAUGUAGUCCACAUUAUUCGUAAUUAAUGCGAUAAAAAUGUUAUUAUUGAAAAAAUGUAUUAAAAUAA